AUGGCUGGUUUGAAUGAAAGGUUGCUGUUGAUUUCAGCAUUUGUAUUACGAUUGGUGUUUUACGUGUAUGGAAUUUAUCAAGAUGCAAACUUUCAAGUGAAAUAUACUGAUAUUGAUUAUUUUGUAUUCCAUGAUGCUGCUAUGUAUGUAUACCAUGGUGCAUCUCCUUAUUUGAGGGACACUUACCGUUAUACACCACUUUUGAGUUGGUUGUUAUCAUUCAAUUUCCAUUUAAAUUGGUUUGAUUUUGGUAAGUUGCUAUUUGUCUUAUUUGAUUUAUUUUCUGGUAUUAUAAUAAUGAAAUUGAUUAAACAAAACUCCAAGAUUUCCAACUCUAAAUUAUUGAUUUUGAGCAGUAUUUGGCUUCUAAACCCUAUGGUUAUCACUAUCAGUACUCGUGGUAAUGCUGAAAGUGUUUUAUCUUUCCUAAUUCUGUUAUCAAUUUAUUAUUUGCAAAAGGGAAAAUAUAUAUUAUCAGGAUUAGUCUAUGGGUUAUCGAUUCAUUUCAAAAUCUAUCCAAUAAUUUAUUCAUUACCUAUAGCAUUAUACAUAUAUCGUACUCCCAAAUGGUUUAGCAAGUUAUUGAAAAUGGGUUUAUCUACUUUAAUUACAACGAUUAUGUUAGGAUACAUGAUGUAUUCCAUUUAUGGCCAGGAAUUCUUGGAACAUUCGUACAUCUAUCAUUUCUAUAGAUCUGAUCACAGACAUAAUUUCUCAUUGUGGAACAUUCUAUUAUAUUUUGAUUCCGCAAUUAACAAUACCAAUUCCACAACUUUUACUUCAUUAUCAAAAUUUGCAUUUCUACCACAACUAUUGAUGACCUUCACUGUAUCCAUUCUAGUGUACUACAAUCCCACCUUUUUAACCUUAUUAAAGGUUCUAUUCGUUGAAACAUUUGCGUUUGUAACAUACAACAAAGUUUGUACGUCACAAUAUUUCAUCUGGUAUCUAAUUUUCUUGCCAUUCCUACUGGUUAACACUACAAUCUCAAAGCAGAAAGGUAUCGUAAUGAUCCUAGUAUGGGUCAUCACACAGGCUGCUUGGUUAUCACAAGGAUAUCUACUAGAAUUUAAAGGUGAAAAUGUCUUCUUUCCAGGUAUCUUCAUCACAGCAGUAGCUUUUUUCUUGGGAAAUAUUUGGUUAUUAGGCCAGUGUAUACAAGAUAUUAAGGGUUCUGCAAAAAUACAAUCAAAGAAAACAUUAUCUAAAAAACUUAAGUAA